GACGUCGUUUUUAGCACUUCAUCUGGAGGCUCCUAUGACUUUCAAAAGCAGAUCAUAGAUCUUGCCAUCGAGACUCAUAUACCCAGACUUGUCCUAGCAGAAUACGACCAAGAUUCGCUCAACCCCAAAAUCCAAGCACGCCUACCACCGUGUCGUGAGCGUGCAAGAAUCAUCCAGUAUCUCGAACAGAACUCGUCUCAAAAUCAGCUUGAAUGGAUCGGGAUUGCCACAGGCUGUGCACUUGACCAGGGACUUAUCAGCGGCAACUUAGGUUUCGACAUCAAAUGGCAAAGCGUCACAAUACACGGAACUGGUGAAGAGCGCUUCGCAGCGAGCUCGACAGCAUGGAUCGGGCGUGUCAGUCUCGCGAUCCUCAAGAACUGGGAAGCCAUCAAGAACCAGUACAUUUUCGCCUCUGGCCUGAUCGUGUCGGCCAACGAGGUCUUGGACGCAUUGCAACAUCACACAGGUCAGAGUUGGGGACGAGGCGAGGUCGAAAUCGAAGAAGCCGUUCGCGAAGCCCAUCGGAGAAUGGACCGUGGCUUUCCUGAUGCUGCCAUGUUCCUGAUGGAAAAAAUUGUGCUUUGCGACGAAUCGAUGAAUGCCGUCAAGCCAUUUCUCGAGCAGGAUUCCAAGACCAAAUUAGAUCUUGAACCUGAGAGCCUCGAUGAACUCGUCAAGAAUUCCCUUCACGAAUUCGAGCAUCGUGGCAAGGGUGGGUGUGGCUGUGACUGA